AUGAGUGUCCAACGUUCAUCUACAACCAAAUCUAGUGACAAAAUGAAUAUUAUUAGUGGGAAUAGUAGUUCCCAGCCUGACCUGUCAAUCAUUGCAGCAACUGAGCACGAAUAUAAAAAUGUGUCACAACGCAAAAGAAAAGUGCCUGAGGAUGAUUUCUCGGUCCAAUUCAAUGAAUUUAAAAAGGAAAUUAUAGGAGUGUUAAAGGAGUUUGGUAAAUCCCAGACAGAAAACAUCAAUUCUAUAAAAACAGAUAUCAAAUCUAUCAAUGAACAACUUAUUGAUAUGAAAACUAAAACGGACUUGCUGCUCCUAGAACAUAAUACCUUCAAGUCUGAAAUACAAAAACUAACAAAUACUGUCACUUAUAAUGAAGAAAAAAUAAAAUGUAUUGAAAAUGAUGUACAGGCUCUUCAGAGCACUGUACAUGCCCCCUUACCAUCAGGAUGUCCUAAACCGACAGCGAAUAGUUAUGCAGAUAUAAUGACCGAAGUUCAAGAGCGUUUAGAGCGCGCCAAGAAUAUAAUAAUCACUGGCAUUUUCGAACCACAUUCAGAAAAUAUGGAAGAAAAGAGGGAAAAUGAUAGAUGGCAAAAGGGGAAGAAACCGGAUGUUUGGCAUAUCGGGCUCGGAUGCAUCGCUUUUUUUGCAGAGCUGGAGCCAUCUCUAUCCGUCACUGAGCAAAACCUGGCAGACCGAGUUCGGUACAUCCUGCGCUCUAACAUAUUUGGUGACGCCGAACUCGAACGACUACGACGUGAGGCUGUUCCCUCAUCGGAUGGAAAUGCUACGACUGGGAAUGCGGCGCCACUAAUUGCGCAGCAAACUGCAAAUGUGGACGCUGCCGUCAAUAUUCCAUUUGUGGUUGAUUCAGACGAUGAUGGAAUAGUCCCCCACGAACUGGAGAAAAUGAGGAGCAUAUUGAAAGAGUCGAUGCUGGAAACGCGCAGCAUGCCUCUCGAAAAUCGAUCGCGACUUCCCCGCAUACCCCUUAGCAAGCGAAAUCGGGCUGUCGUGCGGGCUCUUAACCCAAUGCUGGUGACCUAUUGGGAAGCCAGCCGGGACUUUUGCGAGACGAACUCAAUUCUUUUUGGCGCCGCACUGGCAGUAUGCCGUAUUAUUGGCGCCAAACUUCCAAUGGCUGGACGUGCUACUCAACAAGGGUAG